AAAACAGAAUUCUACUGGGAUUAGAAUUAGGCGCACUUUAAAACAAACCCUAGUCACACUCCCCUCACAAAAUUCCACAGAUUUGCUCAACAACGGACUUCUGAUUCUCUGUUAUCUUAUCUGCCUUUUGUUCGCUUUGUUCUCUCGAUUCUGAUCCCAAAGUGCCAAAUCUCAACUAUUUAAAUGGGGAAGAAGAAAUCAGCAUCUGAUGAAGUUGGAGCCAGUAAGACUAAGGGCAGUGGCAAAGAUGGAAAGAAAGAGAAGAUUUCAGUGUCUGCAAUGCUUGCUAGUAUGGACCAGAAACCUGAUAAGCCCAAGAAAGGGUCUUCUUCUAGACCUAAAGCACCUCCAAAAGCUUCAUCUUACACUGAUGACAUGGAUCUUCCUCCCUCAGAUGAUGAGGAUGAGGUAGAGGGUCUUGUAGAAAAUGAUGAACAGACUGGUAGGCGUAACAAAAAAGACACAGAUACCCUUGAAAUCUCAGUUACUGAUAAAGAGUUGAAGAAACGGGAAAAGAAAGACAUGCUAGCUGCCCAUGCUGCUGAGCUGGCGAAGAAGGAGGCUCUCAAGGAUGAUCAUGAUGCCUUUACUGUUGUUAUUGGCAGCCGCGCUUCUGUUCUUGAUGGUCAAGACGAUGCAGAUGCUAAUGUUAAGGACAUCACAGUAGAUAAUUUCUCUGUUUCAGCUCGGGGAAAGGAGCUUUUAAAGAAUUGCUCUGUAAAAAUCUCUCAUGGCAAGAGAUAUGGACUGGUUGGCCCUAAUGGAAAGGGGAAGUCCACCCUUUUAAAGCUACUUGCAUGGCGGAAAAUUCCUGUGCCAAAAAAUAUUGAUGUUCUCUUGGUUGAACAGGAGGUUGUUGGUGAUGACAAGACUGCCCUUGAAGCUGUUGUUUCAGCUAAUGAAGAACUCAUCAAGACCCGUCAAGAGGCUGCAUCUUUGCAGGAUUUAGCUGCUUCUGUUGGUGAGGAUGAAGAUGAUGAUGAUGGUGGGAAUGAUGUGGGAGAGAAGCUAGCUGAGUUGUAUGAUAAAUUGGAGAUAAUGGGGUCAGAUGCUGCUGAGGCUCAAGCAUCUAAAAUUCUUGCUGGAUUGGGUUUUACCAAGGCAAUGCAAGGUCGCCCAACACGAUCAUUUAGUGGUGGUUGGAGGAUGAGAAUUUCACUGGCCCGGGCACUUUUUGUUCAGCCUACUUUAUUGCUGUUGGAUGAACCUACCAACCAUCUUGACCUUAGGGCUGUUCUGUGGUUGGAGGAGUACUUGUGCAGAUGGAAGAAAACUCUUGUUGUUGUUUCCCAUGACCGUGAUUUUCUCAACACAGUUUGCACUGAGAUUAUUCAUCUCCAUGACAUGAAACUCCAUUUUUACCGUGGAAACUUUGAUGAUUUUGAGAGUGGCUAUGAGCAACGUCGCAAAGAGAUGAACAAAAAGUUUGAGGUAUAUGAUAAGCAGUUGAAAGCUGCCAAGAGAUCUGGCAAUCGUGCACAACAGGAGAAGGUCAAGGACCGGGCCAAAUUUGCUGCUGCAAAAGAAUCAAAGAAAAAGGCCAAGGACAGGGUUGAUGAGGAUGAGCCCCUGGCUGAGGCCCCCCAGAAAUGGAGGGACUACACUGUGGAGUUUCACUUCCCUGAGCCCACUGAACUGACUCCUCCAUUAAUGCAGUUAAUAGAAGUCAGCUUUUCUUAUCCAAACCGAGAGGACUUCAGGCUCUCUAAUGUUGAUGUUGGCAUUGAUAUGGGGACUCGAGUUGCCAUUGUUGGGCCCAAUGGUGCUGGAAAAUCUACUUUACUCAACCUUCUUGCUGGUGACUUGGUUCCUGCGGAGGGAGAAGUGCGGAGGAGUCAAAAGCUGAGGAUUGGACGAUAUUCACAACACUUUGUAGAUCUUUUGACAAUGGACGAAACAGCUGUUCAGUACCUUCUCCGUCUUCAUCCUGAUCAAGAGGGACCUAGUAAACAAGAGGCAGUUCGUGCAAAGCUUGGGAAAUUUGGUCUCCCCAGCCACAACCACCUAACCCAGAUUGCAAAGUUAUCAGGAGGGCAAAAAGCACGGGUUGUUUUUACCUCAAUUUCAAUGUCAAAACCUCACAUUCUUCUGUUAGAUGAACCAACAAACCAUUUGGAUAUGCAGAGUAUUGAUGCAUUGGCAGAUGCACUUGAUGAAUUCACAGGUGGAGUUGUGCUAGUCAGUCAUGACUCGAGGCUUAUAUCACGUGUCUGUGAGGAUGAAGAAGUGAGUGAAAUUUGGGUUGUGGAAAAUGGAACUGUGAUGUCAUUCCCAGGAACCUUUGAUGAGUACAAAGAAGAGCUGCAAAGGGAAAUUAGAGCUGAGGUUGAUGAUUAAUUUUAGUUUUCAACGAGUAGUAGUGUCUCUCAAUGUUAUAUUAAAUGUUUUCCUGAUUUUGAGUGUAAUCAUCUGAUGCCAAUAUACGAAACAUGUGCUUUAUUAAUUACUGCACUGCAUGUAUUUUGAUGGUUCAUGCAGUUUUUUCAUACUUGUCAUUUGGAACAAUAAGCUAUUGAGAAUAGUAUUCAUUAUCAAUCCUGUUCAUUAUUA